AUGAACUCACGACUACUCAUUCCAGCAUCCGACGAUCCUGAUGAUCUAUCCGCACUCACCCCAGCACAUUUUAUCAUUGGUACUGAAAUAAAACGAAUACCUGAACCAAAUGUUAUAGAUGAAAAAAUUACCAUGCUCGAGCGAUGGAAGCUGGUGACACAGAUUUCGGAAGCCUUUUGGAAAAAAUGGUCUAAGGAAUAUUUAACGCAGUUAAAAUUGAGAAAUAAACGGAGGAAAGCCAGGACUAACAUGAAAAUUGGAGAUUUAGUGUUGAUUAUGGAGGACAACCUACCUCUCUUAAAGUGGAGAAUGACUCCAAUUAUACAAGUUUAUCUCAACAGUAAGGAAAAGUUCCGAGUUAUCAAAUUAAAAACUGCCAGAGGGUGCUGCGGGGGCCCACGUUUGUACAGUGAACUUGCUCCAACAACUGCUGCACACAUGAAAUUCUGUGCUGCAGCGGCAGAGGAAGCCGAAAGAAAGGUCUUCGUGUUGACAGUCCGUGGUGCUACAGAAGUUGGUGGGACAUACGUCGCACUGUACGUACGUCACUUGUCCUGUACUAGAACCAAGCUCCUGACUGAAGGAAACAGGAGAACUGCUAUUCAGUUUAAUAUGGCUACAUCGUUAGCUGUCACUCCCUAUUAUGAGAAUGCGGAAACUGAAGGAAUGAACUUCACUCAGAUAUCAACAAAUCCCCCAACUCACGCAAUUGAUCCUAAUUUAGCUCAUCUUAUUCUGCCGUACAGCAUCAUCUUCAUCCUAGCCGUAUCAGGAAAUGUUCUGGUGAUAGUAACUCUCCUCGUCAACAAAAGAAUGAGAACAGUAACAAAUGUAUUUUUGUUCAAUUUGGCCGUUAGUGACUUUUUACUGGGAGUUUUUUGUAUGCCAUUUACACUAACUGGUGUUCUUUACCGAGAAUUCCUGUUUGGUAGUAGUCUUUGCAAGUUGAUUCCCUAUUUCCAAGCCGUGAGUGUCAGUGUGAGUGCUUGGACCUUAGUAUCAAUGUCAGUGGAAAGAUACUUUGCAAUAUGUCAUCCUCUAAAAUCCAGGAAAUGGCAAACACUUUCUCACGCUUAUAAGAUGAUUGCUGUUGUAUGGAUUGGAUCCUUAUUUUUCAUGUUACCCAUACUUAUUUUAAGCAAACUUCAAAAAGUCAAAGGAACAGCAAAGCAGAAGUGCAGAGAAAGUUGGCCCACCAUUACUGCUGAAAAGAGCUUUACGAUAUUUCUGGAUAUUUUUCUUCUUUUUUUACCACUUGUUCUCAUGAGUGUCACCUACUCUCUCAUUAUUAGAACUCUGUGGCAAACUAUGGCCGUAUCAGCUGGUGAAUCACAGAAUGCAGGUUUCAAAAUGCGCUAUUGUUGGAAAACAUCUCCAGAUCUGAAUAGACGAACUACACUUUCUACAGCAUCAAUCUUCACUUCCACAAAUGCCUCUGGAAAUUCAAGCAAUGCCUCCCGCAAUCUUUCUGAUGCAUCAGGCAUUCGGAAGAAUAAUGUUGAAAGAGGCAUCAUCCAGAAGAAACGAAUCAUCAAAAUGCUUUUUGUUGUUGUGUUAGAAUUCUUUAUUUGUUGGACUCCAUUGUACACAAUCAACACUAUCUCUCUUUUUGAUCCAACGACAGUCUACUCAAACAUAGGAUACAGUGGAGUAUGUUUUUUACAAUUGUUGGCUUAUACUUCCUCCUGUUGCAAUCCAGUAACAUAUUGUUUCAUGAACAGUAGAUUUAGAGAAAGUUUCCGUGGAUUAUUUCCCUGUGAAUGUGAUCGUAGCUAAUAAGAAAGUUUUCCACCCUUCACUUUUUUAAUGCUAAAACAAUAAACUUCAUAUGAUUUUAUAAAACCUGUAAACAACACAAUAUUAUUAUAAACAACACAAU